CGUAUCUUGUUUUUUUGCUUGUCCUCCUCUUUAUGCUCCGUGUCUUCCUCUCUACUUUCAUCUUGUAAAUUACGGAGAAAGUUUCAUCUGAAUGGAAUGCACAAACCUGGCGAUGUGGUUCUGGGUGGGCUGUUUGAGGUCCACUACACCUCUGUCUUCCCUGAGUGGACAUUUACCUCAGAGCCACAACAGCCCAGCUGUAAAGGCUUUGACAUUCUAGGGUUCAGACAUGCCAUGACCAUGGCCUUUGCUAUUGAUGAGAUCAACAAGGACUCCAAUCUGCUACAUAAUGUGACUCUUGGAUACAGUCUCUAUGAUAACUGUGCCACACUUGUAAUUGGAUUCAGUGGUGCCCUAUCACUGGCCAGUGGUCGAGAGGAGCAGUUUCUGCUUCAGGAGAACUGUUUAGGGAGCCCUCCAGUUCUAGGAAUUGUGGGUGAUUCCUACUCAACAUUUACUAUUGCAAUCUCCAAUGUGCUAGGUUUAUUCAAGUUGCCAAUUGUGAGUUAUUAUGCCACGUGUUCCUGCCUUACUGAUCGGCAAAGAUUUCCUUCCUUCUUUAGAACAAUUCCAAGUGAUGCUUUUCAGGUGCGUGCUAUGAUUCAGAUCCUAAAACACUUUGGCUGGACAUGGGUAGGUCUGCUGGUCAGUGAUGAUGAUUAUGGACUCCAUGUUGCCCAGUCCUUGCAGUCUGACCUGGCUCAGUCUGGUGGAGGUUGUCUGGCCUACCUAGAGGUGUUGCCCUGGGACAGUGACCCAAGUGAACUCAAGAGGAUUGUAUAUUUGAUAAAGACAUCAACAGCUCGUGUAGUCAUGGUUUUUGCACACGACAUGCACUUGAUUCCACUAAUGGAAGAGGUGGUGAGACAGGAUGUGACAGGCCGGCAGUGGAUAGCCAGUGAAGCCUGGACAGCAGCUGCUGUGCUCCAGACCCCCCACCUCAUGCCAUAUUUGGGUGGAACACUGGGAAUUGCCAUCCGUCGAGGAGAAAUACCAGGACUCAGGGAAUUCAUGUUACAAAUACGUCCUGACCAAUAUGACAAUGACAGCUAUGGAAAUAACUUUGUGAGGCAGUUUUGGGAAUACACAUUUCAGUGUAGAUUUGCACCACCUCCAGCAGGUUGGAUAGAAGCUGGAGGAGCAUUAUGCACUGGACAUGAAGAUCUAGAGAAUGUGGAGACUGAGCUCUUGGAUCUUUCUAACCUCAGGCCAGAGUACAAUAUUUACAAGGCUGUGUAUGCUCUGGCGUAUGCCCUUGAUAACAUACUUCAGUGUGAGCCAGGGAGAGGGCCUUUCAGCGGGAACAGGUGUGCUACUUUGCAAACACUGGAGCCAUGGCAGCUUGUACAUUAUUUGCAAAAGGUCAACUUCACCACACCAUUUGGUGAUCAAGUGUCAUUUGAUGAGAAUGGUGAUGUCUUACCAAUCUAUCAUAUCAUGAACUGGCUGUGGCUCCCUGACGGACGAACUAAAGUUCAGAAUGUGGGUGAAGUUAAGAAAUCAGCCUUCAAAGGUGAAGAACUCACACUUGAUGAAGAUAAAAUCUUCUGGAAUUUUGAAAUCAAAGAGCCCCCCCGGUCAGUGUGCAGUGAGAGCUGUCCUCCUGGUACCCGCAUGGCCAGAAAGAAGGGGGAACCUGAGUGUUGUUUUGACUGCAUCCCUUGUUCUGAGGGAAAGAUCAGCAAUAAAAGUGACUCCAUGGAGUGCACAAGUUGCCCAGAGGAUUUCUGGUCCAACACCCAGCGUGACCACUGUGUCCCUAAGAAAACAGAGUUCCUCUCCUACCAUGAGCCUCUGGGAAUUUGUUUGACAACAACUUCAUUGCUGGGCACAUUUAUCUGUGCUGUUGUUCUGGGCAUCUUCAUCUAUCAUCGCAGAACACCCAUGGUGCGUGCCAACAAUUCAGAACUCAGUUUCUUGCUUUUGGUGUCACUUAAACUAUGUUUCCUGUGUUCACUGCUGUUUAUCGGUCGUCCCAGACUAUGGACAUGUCAGCUGAGACAUGCAGCAUUUGGGAUCAGCUUUGUGCUUUGUGUCUCAUGCAUCCUGGUUAAAACCAUGGUGGUUCUUGCUGUGUUCAAGGCCUCCAAGCCAGGAGGUGGAGCCAGUCUGAAGUGGUUUGGUGCUGUGCAGCAGAGAGGGACGGUUUUGGCGCUUACAUGCAUUCAAGCAGCAAUCUGCACUUGUUGGAUUGUCUCUUCCUCUCCAGCACCUCAUAAAAACACCGAAUACCACAAUGACAAGAUAGUUUAUGAGUGUGUAGUUGGCUCCACGAUCGGUUUUGCAGUUUUACUUGGUUAUAUUGGCGUACUGGCUAUCCUCAGCUUCCUGUUAGCUUUUCUGGCAAGAAAUCUUCCAGACAACUUCAAUGAGGCCAAAUUCAUCACUUUCAGCAUGCUGAUCUUCUGUGCUGUGUGGGUGGCCUUUGUCCCUGCUUAUGUCAACUCCCCAGGCAAAUAUGCCGAUGCAGUGGAGGUAUUUGCCAUCCUGGCUUCCAGUUUUGGCCUCUUGGUGGCGCUGUUUGGACCCAAAUGUUACAUAAUCCUGCUGAGACCAGAGAGAAAUACAAAGAAUGCCAUUAUGGGUAGAGGAACCUCUAAGUCAUAA